CCAGCAUGAUGAGGGGUUUCUCCUUCACAGCCUGUGUUCUGCUUUGCCUUGCCCUCUCAGGUAUGUUCCAAAUCGCAAUCGGCCAACUCCCCACUCCCACCUGGGCUGAAUCAGACUAAAUAAAACAAACCACGUCCCUCAAAACUGGGACAGGGCUUAACUGAUUUCCAAGCACACCUGAAAUCAGAUCGACCCUGCCCCUAUGCCCAGUCCCACAACACUCUCUGUCUCAUUCCCCUAGUCUUGGUGCCUUCUGCACCAUGGGUUCCAUGACACCUUCUCUUUUGCCUACCACCUACCGCUUGUAGGGUUGUAAGGUGAAUGCUCUGGUCCCCCCUGUGUUAUUGUCAGGCUGUUGCCAGUGACUCCCACUGCCGGUUGCCCAGGAACGUACAAAGACAAGGAAUGUUCUUACCGUCUGCUUUUUAUUCGGUAUUUACACAGAGAGGCUACAGAACCCAGCCUCUUGGAUAAUGGCGUUGUCCCGAGUGACUCCACCUUCUCCCCAUCUCUCCCACUUCCUCAUUCAUCAUCCCUAUGGGUGCUGACAAGUGCCCUCUGCCUUUGAGCUCUUUGCUCACCUACUUUCAAGGCUCGCUGGGUUCUGGGAGAUGGUGGGCCUGGAAUGCUUUCUAGCGAUAGCAUGUCAGCCAGCUGCCCCAGCUCUGCCUCCUUCUCCUCUCCCAUUAUUUCCCAGCUUUCCCCCUCAUCUGCCUCUGAGCUGCGACCUCCCUCAAACCACUGUUGUAAUUCUGAACCGUCUUCCUCUUCUCUGGAAGGGUCAGGCUGGGGAGGCGGUCUCCACCAUUCCUCCUCUGCCCAGUCCCUGAUGGUUAUUUUGCCCUGGGAGCCAUUUUGCGCCAAAGAGGAUUCCUCCUGCAGGGACAGGGCAGCAGCAACACUUGCAUUGUCCCCAUCCUUGCCUUACAAGCAUCUAGUUGUACACACGUAGACUCAUUUCGCACGGGGUGUUCACAUGGCGCAUUCAACAAAUGUACAGUCUGGUUAGUAACAGUACUAACACAAAUAUUUGAGCUGCACGCCCGUGCUGUUAUUCACAUGUAGCGUUAAGCAAGGAUGCGGACUAUGCAGCUGCGUAUGGAAUAACUGAGCCAUCCAAAUAAAUAAUCGAAAUGCUAGCAGUAGGCCUCCCAUCUAGAAGCCUACAACCCUACGAUUGUCUUCAGUGAAAAUCACAGACCCUCCAAGUGUCCCUAUUUUCCCAGAGUUACAGAAGCCACCCCGUUUUCUGAUUUGAUCCCAGAAUAUUUUCCUGCUUUCCCUUAUGACGUCCCUAUUUUCACUGGAGAAAUGCUGGAGGGUUUGGCCCAAGCCAAGGAGAUAAGUAACUAUACAACCUCUAGAAGACAUCUAAAGGCAAGCCUGUAUAGGGAAGGUUUUUUAUGUUUACUGUAUUUUUAUGUUUUUAUAUACCGUAUUUUUCGCCCUAUAGGACGCACCGGCCCAUAGGACACACCUAGUUUUCAGGGGGGGAAAUCAAGGGAAAAAAUAUGAUUCCCCCCCCCCCCGCAGCUCUGGGAGCAGAGGACAGGCUGCACGCAGCCUGUGCGCUACUCCAAGACCUUCUUCCUGCUUUUGCUGGAGGUGGCGGAAUUCCCCCACCUCCUGCAAAAGCCCACAGGAGCCGUGCGUGACUCCUGCGGGCUUUUUGACCAGGAGGGAGAAGGGACUGAAACGGCCAGUCAGUCCCUUCUCCCUCCUUGGGGAAAAGCCCCCAAGAGUGGCGCGCUCUUUAACGGCUGCGCGGCUCCUACGAGCUUUUCGACCCAGAUUGUGCCCCCCCAUCCUAUGGGGCUGGUGAUGGGGGAAGCGCUGCUUUCCCCCACCGCCAGCCUCAGAGCAGACUCUCCUGGCUUCAGCUGAAGCAACGCAAAGCCUCCGGAGCGCAGGCUUCGGAGGCUUCGCGUUGCUAUCGCUGAAGCCAAGGAGCCUGCAUUCGCCCCAUAGGACGCACACACAUUUCCCCUUCAUUUUUGGAGGGGGAAAAGUGUGUCUUAUAGGGCGAAAAAUACGGUAUGUUGGCAACCCAGUAAGAUGCAUGGGGUAUAAAUACAACAACAGCAGCAGCAGCAGCAACAACAACAGCAGAAUAGGACAUCCCUAUUUUCAUUGGAGAAAUGUUGGAGGGUAGGGGGUCAUACUGUUUUGAAUGCCAUUUCCAACAUUUUGCCAUUGCAGCCUACAGCCUGAAGUGCCGCUACUGUAUGCGGGAUAUCCCUGAUUUCGGCUGUGAACACAAAGUAAACGUAUGUUUCCCAAGGCCUAAUGAACAGUGUAUUUCUAUCACUUUCUAUGAGGGUAAGUUGAACUCAUGUCGGGUGGCCAUGAGCAAUGUUAUAUGCUUUUUCUGAACUGUUAGGGCGAUUUCCAUGCUUUUGUAGCUAAACAUAGUAUCUGUGUACAAGAGGGAGGAAUUGGCAGACCUGGGGCAGGGCGGGGCGUGUCCUAAGGUUUGCAGAACAACAACAGCAAAACAACCUUGAGAAUUCCCCCCACCCACAAAUGUAAUAAAUGAAGAGAAAAUAAAAGAAGGUUGGAAGGACAGAGCAUACUCAACAGGCACAGAAUGUUUUGUUUGAAAAAUAAAACGGGAAAAGCAGGUGGGAAGGAGAACGGAACGGCUGGAGAAGAAGGGAGAAAGAGAUAUGUAGAUAGGAAAAAAAGGACAGAGAGAACUCUCCCGUAGUCUGGAUAGGUCACACAUAUUCCCUCCUGGGCAGCAUUGAAAGCACAUCUCUCCCCGCAAAUAACCCUGGGAAAUUAAGUAUGCCCCUCACAGAGCUACAGUUCCCAGCAUCCUCAACUGCAGGACCUCAGAAUCUUUGGGGAAAUAAUGUGCUUCAAAUGUUUGCCGUGCACGCAGGCUGGAUCAGUCCAGAAGAGCCACCAAUAGUCCUCUCCUCUACGAAUUUGCCUGAUCCUCAUUUAAAGUAGUGAUGUGCAAGACAGUGGACUAGGGGCAGUAGCCCUAGCUUCCUAAAUGUUCCCAGUGAAUUGGAGUAUUAAAGUAUGAAAACCUGGUGCCUCCUUCCCAAAGCCUGGGAAGCUUCUGCCCAGAUUAGCGGGGUGGUGCGGGGCGGUGUGAUGCUCAGAUGGGGUCCAAGAGUCCUCCUGCCACCUUCCCAGGGGUGUACAAAGGGGGGGCAGAAGGAGUGGGUCGCCCCGGGUGCCACCCUGGAGUGUGUGUGCCAAGAUGGCCCACUGCCUCCCCCCAGCUGUAGAGUGGACAAGGGUGCAUGCUCAGUCAGUAUGGGCGCUGCGUGUGGGGCGUCCAUACGGGCUGCCACUCACACAGCGACAGUAUGGGCUGCCUCGCGUGUGCAGUCCGUAUGGUAUGCUGCAUGUACAUAGUCCAUAUGGGAUGCCACUCGUGUGGCAUCUGUAUGGAUUGCCACUCACACGCAGCAUCUGUAUGGGCUGCCACUCGCAUGGUGACUGUACGGGCUGCCACGUGUGCGCAGUCUGUACAGUUCUGGGCACCACAGUUCAAGAAGGACACUGACAAACUGGAACGUGUCCAGAGGAGGGCAACCAAAAUGGUCAAAGGCCUGGAAACGAUGCCUUAUGAGGAACGGCUAAGGGAGCUGGGCAUGUUUAGCCUGGAGAAGAGGAGGUUAAGGGGUGAUAUGAUAGCCAUGUUCAAAUAUAUAAAAGGAUGUCACAUAGAGGAGGGAGAAAGGUUGUUUUCUGCUGCUCCAGAGAAGCGGACACGGAGCAAUGGAUCCAAACUACAAGAAAGAAGAUUCCACCUAAACAUUAGGAAGAACUUCCUGACAGUAAGAGCUGUUCGACAGUGGAAUUUGCUGCCAAGGAGUGUGGUGGAGUCUCCUUCUUUGGAGGUCUUUAAGCAGAGGCUUGACAACCAUAUGUCAGGAGUGCUCUGAUGGUGUUUCCUGCUUGGCAGGGGGUUGGACUCGAUGGCCCUUGUGGUCUCUUCCAACUCUAUGAUUCUAUGAUUCUACAGGAUGCCACAUGUGUGCAGUCCGUAUGGACGUUAUGCACACGCCACCGGGCGGUUCAUCCCGCCCCCUCGGCAUCCUGCCCUGGGUGCCAGAGAGGGUUCCUUCGUGACUGCACCUUCCCACAGCCCACCCGGCUUUGGGAAGGAGGCAGAAGGCUCCAGCAUCCUGUCAGAGGCCUGGCACCCCUUGCCAAACCCCAGGGAGUUUCUGCUCAGCUUAGGGAGAGAGGUGCAAAGCUCACAUCUGCGGCCUUGGGGAGAACCCGGUGAGCUGUAAUCCCAUCUGUUCUUGCUUCUCUCCUUUUACUCACCUUCCCAAUCUUUUUGCAGGUAAAGAAGUGAGGUACCGCUUGCAAGGCUGCACCAACAGUCACAGGGACUGCAUGCAUAGCAAGAGAGGCCAAAAAGGAACCUCUAUAAAAACUGUUUGCUGCAAGCGUGAUAUGUGCAACCACUCGAUGAGUUAUCUCCACUAGUGCUUAAAGAAAACUCAGGCAAAAUCCAAAGUGUGGUUCCCUUGGAAAUAUCCUUAGAUAUUUCCAGCUGAAACAGCAGCAUGCUCUCCGAAAGUGUGUGAGCAUGCUCAGAUUAGGAGUGGGGCUGAGAUUGAGCUUUGCCAAUGAACUUUGCCUGUAAGCAUUAAAUUUCUCUUUCUUUUCCUUCUUGUCCCCAUUUCUCCCUCUCUGUCGCACCCUCACAGAGAUUAAUUAGACUUGGACCUUGCAGAUAGGCGUGGGAGAUUUGUCAGUUUGGGUACUCAGCUUCUCACCUUCCCAAUCUUAAAUUUAGUUCUCCACACUUCUGCAGUAAUUUGCACAUUUAUUCGCUUUUCACACCCUCCUAGAAGUCUAUCAGCAUUUUUGUGUGAACUCCUCCUGAAUAACACACACCUUUGCAUGCAGUUUUGCUUAAUUGUACACAUUUUGGAAAGAAUUUACCCAAAUAUAUUUCAACUUUGUAUGUUAUUUUCACUAAUGUAUUCAUUUUUAACCACGCUUUCGCCUAAUAUAUGCAUUUUGGUAAACAUGGUUUGGUGGGAGAUCUGCACUGCAAAAAUUGGGCAAGUCUGAAUUUUGAAAGGGG